AGGGGACCGAGGACACUUUAGGAGCCCUUCAUCCCAAUCAGGACUAGGAGAGGAGAGAUGGUUUAUGGAGGCUGCACUUACAGCCGCUGCCGCUGCUGCCGCCGCCACCUUCACUGCUGCCGCCACCGCCUGAAGAAGCCCCAUCCAUCCGCCUGCAGCCGGGGAGACUCAGAACCUGGGAGGGGCCUGGGGCCCUGGCCGCCCGCCUCCUUUUUUUGGUCGUCGUCCGGAGCUUCCUUUUGCUCCACCAACCCUCUGCCCUCCCCUCCGCCUCCGCCCUCCUCCUCGGUCUCCAGCCGCCAGCCAACCGCGCGGCCGCUUGUUGAGCCCGGGCUCCUCCGUCUCCAUGACGCCCGGCAAACAUUCCGGAGCCUCAGCCGGAGCAGCUAACGCCGGGGGUUGGUACAGGGACGCCAGAAGCAGCUAGGGAAGGGGGUGGCCGACCACUCCACAGCGUGUCGCCACCAUGCCCAUCUCUCCAGUAAACAGCCGCAAGCAGCAGAACCUCUGGUUGAGCGUUGGCCCACAGCCAAAGAAAUCUAUUAGCUUUACUAACACAGUAAAAGGAGGUCAAACAAAAGGAUAUGUUGGUGCAAACCAAAGCAGAAUGGCUAUGUCAAAAACCUUGACGGUUCUACCUGAGAUAAAAACAGAAAAAAUGAAUAUUUCUACCCCAAGGACAGUCAUACAGGUAAUUAAUGCACUUGGAGUUGAUGUUACUCCCCGACCUCUUUACCAUCAAGACACACAUAUGGGUGCAGCAAAGCCAAAUAAAUUAUUGACAUCACAAGAAGGAUCAUAUGCAUCAGAAUAUAUAUCUUCCUAUAGCCUGUAUCAGAAUACAAUAAAUCGUAGUAUGUUAGGGCAGUUUACAAGGUCAGUUUUAGGAAGCAGUACAGUUUCUAAAUCAAGUGUAUCUACUACUGAAUCAAUAGCAGAAGACCUAGAAGAACCAUCCUAUAAACGGGAAAAACUGAGUAGUUUUACAGGUAAUGAAAAUAAUAUAAUUUAUUUCAGUAACAGCCCAUUAUUUCCUCAGCAACUGAGCUUAUUAUUUGUCAGUCGGAGAAACAAGAAUUACGAGACCCUUUGUAGAAAUAGAUUAGGCAAUGACUUAUAUGUUGAAAGGACGAUGCAGACUAUUAAUGGAGCUCCAAAGAACAAAGAGGUUCAAUGUGACAAAAUCGUAAAGGAAGACAAAGGUGUAAUGUCCAGUACUUGGGAUUUGUAUGAUUCUUAUAAUGCUAUUGAGCUUUCAUCUUUACCAGCAAAACAAUCUAUGCUUGAAUCAAGCAGUAAAGCAAUUGUACCUUCUAAAGAUCGAGAACAAAGAGUACCAGGGAGUACUAUAGACAAAAAUAGUGAAGCUAGUUCUUUAAUGGAUAUAGAAAAUGUAAUACUGACUAAAAUCCAUGAUGAUGAAGAAGAUCACUCAGAGUCAAUAAUGAAAUCUGACAAGUUUCAUCAGGAUUUAUUUUUUAUGGAACGAGUUCUAAUGGAAAAUUUAUUUCAGCCUAAACUUGCAGCUUAUCGUCAGCUUCCUAUUUUAAAAGAACCAGAACCUGAAGAACCUGAAGACUUUUUAGAAGGUGAAAAACUUGAACAAGAGACAGAGGAAGAGGUUAAGAAGGAAGAGGAAGAAGAAAUAGAAAUAGGUACAGAACAGUCAACAAUACCAGCCAAUUUGGAACGACUUUGGUCCUUUUCCUGUGACUUAACCAAAGGUCUUAAUGUGAGCAGCCUUGCCUGGAAUAAAACAAAUCCUGAUCUUUUGGCUGUUGGCUAUGGGCACUUUGGAUUUAAAGAGCAAAAAAGAGGAUUGGCUUGCUGCUGGUCAAUAAAGAAUCCUAUGUGGCCAGAACGCAUUUAUCAGAGUCCAUAUGGAGUGACUGCUGUGGAUUUCUCAAUUGGAGCACCUAAUCUGUUAGCAGUUGGCUAUCACAAUGGCACCAUUGCCAUUUAUAAUGUGCAGAGCAACAGUAAUGUUCCGGUUCUGGAUAGUAGUGAAUCACCUCAAAAACAUUUGGGACCUGUAUGGCAACUACAGUGGAUAGAACAAGAUCGAGGGACAACAGGUGAUGACAAAAGAGAAAUACUCGUUUCUAUAUCAGCAGAUGGAAGAAUCUCCAAAUGGGUUAUACGGAAAGGACUAGACUGUCAUGAUUUGAUGCGUUUGAGGCGAACUACUGCUAGCAGCAGCAAAAAGGGAGGGGAAAAGGAAAAAAAAGGUGAAGCUCUGAUAUCUCGACAGGCUCCUGGAAUGUGUUUUGCUUUUCAUCCUAAGGAUACAAAUAUCUAUUUGGCUGGCACUGAAGAAGGUCAUAUUCACAAAUGCUCUUGUUCGUAUAAUGAACAAUACCUUGAUACCUACAGAGGACAUAAGGGCCCAGUGUAUAAAAUAGCAUGGAAUCCAUUUUGUCAUGAUGUGUUCUUAAGCUGUUCUGCAGAUUGGAGUGUUAUUAUAUGGCAACAGGAGAACACCACACCAUUUUUGAGCUUUUAUCCAACCACUUAUGUUGUUUACGAUGUUGCCUGGUCUCCAAAAUCCUCCUAUAUAUUUGCAGCUGCAAAUGAGAGCAGAGUGGAGAUUUGGGACCUUCAUGUCAGCACUUUGGAUCCUCUCAUUGUGAAUGUUGCUAACCCUGGAAUCAAGUUCACAACUGUUCUCUUUGCCAAACAAACAGAUUGCCUUCUAGUGGGUGACAGUGAUGGACAGGUUGCUGUGUAUGAACUAAGAAAUAUGCCCUCUGCUUUGGAUUCUGGCCGGGGAGAUAUAAUAGAUACUUUGCUUGGACCCAAGUCAAACCAACAAGGAUAAUUCAUCAUUACUAAUAUUUUCUCUUGUUGAUGUUUAAAGAAAAAGAAACAGUAUUUAAUGUCCAGUAAUCCAAUUUGUAUGCAGUAAGCUGGGAUUUUGAUGUUAGAAAAUGAUAUUUGAUAUAUAACCUCUAUUUUAACUUAACAAAUUUAAUAAACUUCUAUUUCAGAGAUAUGUGAUUAGUUUGA